AUUUCAGAACGAUUACGAACAUCCGCCCGCUACCGCCGUAUUAUAACCUUCACUGUUUAUUUGUUUGUAAAAAUUAUUCGAUAUUUUAUGCCGUUUUGCGCUAUUUAUAAACACAAACAACCCAGUCAAAUACUAUAAAUAACAUUUCCGACACCCCUUGCUGAGUCAAUCGCAAUUUAAACGAGUAAACACGAAUAAAAUCGUCAAAAUGCGCUACAUAUUUUUAACAACUAUAUUUAGCGUAGUUUUUGCUUACGAAAAAGACAUGACUAUUAUGGUGCAGGCUGGAAAAGUGGACUGUUUCUUCCACAAAGUGCAGGUGGACGAAAUAAUCGACAUAGAAUAUCAGGUGAUAGACUCAACACAUGGCGACUUAGACAUAUCGUUCCAACUGGGCGAUCCUACCGGCCGCGUCAUAGUCGCCGACUUCAAGAAGCCGGAGAACUCGCACAGGCACACGGCGACUUCCAGCGGCGACUAUAAGUUCUGUUUCGACAAUAGCUUCAGUACGUUUAGUCAGAAAACUGUAUUCUUCGAUAUGCUGAUCGACGGUGAUGAGCAGGACGAAAAGGACUAUGAUGAUGAUAAAGAGAUGGAACUUGGUAACGCAGCAGAAACAUACAUGAUGCGAGUACGAGAUAUAUCAGAGUCCGUCACCCGGGUGAAGGAUAAGGUAUCCACAGCCAGGAGGCUCCAGGAGUUGCACUCAGCCCAUGAGGCUAGAGACAGGAACUUGGCUGAAGAGAUGUGUGACAGAGUAUUAACAUGGUCCAUAGGACACGUACUAUUAAUGUUAUUAGUAGGAAUUACACAGGUAAUAUUUGUAAAAAGUCUCUUCGAAGACACGAGGAGUUUUAGGAAACUUGUCCCCGGAUUUUCAAGUCGGUGAACCAACUGUGAUUGUGUCAAACUCUUGCCUAAACAUCACAAAAUAAUGUGUCAAUUAUUUUAUCAUAAUAAUAUUGGUAUAUAGAUGUUUUAUUUCACGAAAGCGGGUAAGCUUUACUUGUGUGUGUAAACCACGGAGGAAGGAAAGAUAUCGGAGAUGCCAUAAGGCAGGUAGGUCAGGCGCCUUCUUGUAGCUCAAGCGACGUGCGGUAGCCGGGAUCACUUACUACAACUAACGAGGCGUUCGGGUUCCUUAUCGAAUCAAAACCAAUCUGUCAAAGAUUGGUCUUGAUUGAUUGGUGAUUUUAUUUUGAAAAUGUGCGGAGCUAGUAACGUUCCCCGUCCCCUUGCCUCGCAUGUUGUCGCGCUACUUUCUUAGGAGAUAUUGCGUUAUGACAUCUCCGCUGUCUUUCCUUUUCGUGAGAUAUAACAUUUAUACCAAUGUGAUCUCGAGUCAUAUUUUAAAAAUCUUUUGUUUAAAAGAUUGAAUAUUUUUCUUAUUUUCCUUUAUUGAAAGUAAAAAUCAUGAUUACGUAAAGAACUAGUAUUAAUAGCCAUAAUUAUUGUAAAUACUUACCACAAAAUUUCUCUACAAUUACAAGUCAGAUUUACAUUUAAAAUGUAAUUUGUAAUAGUACCUUAUUUCUCUACCAUUAUUAAGUCCUAUGGGAACGAACUUAUUACCAUUAACCAAUAAGCUUGGAUACAGACUUAAAAAUUGAACUGUAAAAAUAAACUACCACCAAUUUAUACUAAAAAAACGUCAAUCCAACGUGGAAGCAAUAUAAGAUAUUAUUUAAUUGUUAUUUAUUAUAAGUAUUGUUUACCAAAGCACGUAAGUAGCGUUUAUUGAACGAAUCUGUACAAUGUCGGCGCACAAUAAUUAGUAAUAAAUAAAUAUAAUAAGUUUACUAGUCUA